AUGGCGCGGGUCGACGAGCUCUUCUCCGCCGUCUGGCUCAAGUUUGGCUCGCGCGCCCUCUCCUCCAACCUCGUCGUGCCAAAGGCGGGCGCGGCGGGCGCGGCGGCGGGCGCGGCGAGCGACUUGGUCUUUUGCGACCGGAUCUUGGGGCUCGUCUCGCGGUCGUUCGCGGCGGUGAUCCGGCAGCUGCCCGCGGAGAUGGUGCUCGACGUGCUCCUCUUCUACCUCGUGCUGCGCGCGCUCGACACCAUCGAAGACGACAUGGAGGCGUUCAAGGACGACGAGGCGGCGAAGUGCAGGCACCUCACCGCCUUCGCCGACUCGUACCUCGGCGACGAGGCGUGGUCGCUCGACGGCGUCGGCGAGGGCGCGGAGCGGGAGCUGCUGCAGCGCUUCGGCGCCGUCUCGCGCCUCUUCAACCGGCUGCCCGCCGAGUCGCGCGAGGUGAUCCGCGACAUCACCCGCCGGAUGGGCGCGGGCAUGGCGGAGCAGGUCGGGGUCGAUCUCGGGCAGGGCACCGCCGACCUGGCCAUGUACAACCGGUACUGCCACGCGGUCGCCGGCCUGGUCGGCGAGGGGCUGACGCGCUCCUUUGUCGCGCGCGGCUUCGAGUCGGCGGCGGGCGGCGCAAACUACGGGCUGGCAAACUCGAUGGGCCUCUUCCUGCAAAAGACAAACAUCUUGCGCGACUACCUCGAGGACUACGUCGACGGCCGCGCCUUUUGGCCGCAGUCCGUCUGGCGCGAGUUUGCGCGCACAUCCGACCUCGGCGAGUUUGCGAGGCCGACGGCGCAUGGCGGCGGGCUGUACGCCUCGGCCUUCGACGCCGCCGCCGACCCGCAGGGCGGGGCGGUGAUCGGGAAGGGCACGCGCACGUCCGCGCUCGCGUGCCUCAACUUCCUCGUCGCCGACGCGCUCGAGCUCGUGCCCGACUCGCUCGAGUACCUGCGGCGGCUGCGGACGCCGGAGGUCUUCCGCUUCUCCGCCAUCCCGCAGGUGAUGGCGAUCGCGACGCUCGAGGCGUGCUUCGACAACCCGCAGGUCUUCUCGGGCGUGGUCAAGAUCCGCAAGGGGCAGGCCGCGCAGCUCAUCCUCGCGUGCGGAACCAUGCCCGCCGUCGAGGCUUGGUUCCACGACUUUGCCACGCGCAUCAAGCGCCGCACGCCCGCCGACGACCCGUCGCGACCAAAGAUCCUCGCGGCGGCAGAGGAGGUGAUCCGCCUCACGGCGGCCUCCGCCGCCGAGCAGCGCCAGCGCGCGGCGGUGCGCAAUGCGCUGCCCGCCGCCGCGGUCGCGGUCGCGGUUGCAGCUUUGGCCACUCGCUACCUCGGCGUCUUUGCCGGCGCCUAA